GCCCAACUCUUUUGGAAAACGGUAAAACGACGACGUACUGAAGUGGUGAUUGAGGGGCAAAUAGGGUACACUACUUGCAACAACAGUGAACAGAAGCACUGAAAAUCCGUUGGGAAAUCCGAAGCUAUCAACAAUGGCGAUUUCCGGCGACAUUAGAGUCACUGCAACUCUUCCACUCCAUCGCUCACACCCUCUUCUUCCAACCACUUCUUUUAUUCCUCCAAAGGUCGAUUUUCAUUGUUUCUUAAAUGGAGGGUCCUGCAUAUCUGGAUUCACCCCAAAACGUUCCACCAUGACAACUGUACGAAGCAAUAUGCGUGGCUAUCACAAGCCUGUUUUUGCAGUCCUUGGAGGUUCUAAUUUUUCAUCAAAGUCAGGUAGCCAAGAAGCCGAGAACUUUCUCCUUGAUGCUGUUAAUAUGAGUUUCUUUGAGCGUUUAAAUUUGGCUUGGAAGAUAGUUUUCCCAUCAGCAGUGUCUAAGAAAAGCUCUGUUGCUAGGAUUGCCAAGCAACGUUUGAAGAUGAUUUUGUUCUCUGAUCGAUGUGAAGUAAGUGAUGAGGCAAAGCAAAAAAUAGUUAGCAACAUUGUGCGUGCUCUAUCAGAUUUUGUGGAAAUAGAAUCACAAGAUAAAGUUCAGUUGAGUGUCUCUGCAGAUACAGAUAUUGGAACCAUUUACUCUGUUACAGUGCCCGUACGGCGGGUUAAACCAGAAUAUCAAGUGGUGGAUGAAACUGGGACAAUAACAAAUAUUGAGUAUAAGGACACCGGAGAUAUUUCAGGUUCUGUUGAUGUUAGAUUUGAUUUCUAUGUUCAGGAUGAAACGUCUUGAUUUUGAAAUAAAAGGUCUUGAAUGUUGACUUCUUUGCCAGAAGGCAGUGUUUGAAACCCUUACCGAUGAAGCCAAUUUGGAGUGCUGUAUAUAUAUUUGCAAAUUGAAGCUUCCGUUAGGGUGGGUGACUCGAUUUUAAUGAGAAAUUUUGUAACACCUUUUAUCUGUUAGUCUGGUUUGAUGCACUGUUUUUAACUUUAUGAUAGGAUUUUGUUGCUUGUUGUAUGAAUCAUUAUUAUAAAUGGAGUUUGUAGUUCAUUCUCA